GAACAGCCUGAAACCUCAAGCACACAGAUGGAGCAGACUCCGGACUUGGGCCUUGGGGAUUCAUCGCUGUUCCGCUACCUGGAUGGAGAAUUCUGGAGCCUCAAGAACGAGCUUCGCAGAGCCCUGGGGAGCUCUCCUCUCUUCCAGCCCAGGUAUGACUUAAGUCUGGAUGAAAUGAGAGCUUUGACAAAUCAGCGAGUGAAGUUUGUCAUGGGUCUCCCUACGUUAAAGCGUUUGCUCCAGAAUCAGGAAGAAAAAAGGAAGAACUUCACCAGCCAAAGCCUUGUCCUGGGAGAAGUGCUCUGCAUGGUGGAUGUGGACACGUCUAUAAAGUGUGGAGUUUUUAAUUUGUUAUUUGGUGGUGUAAUCAACAGUCUUGGAAGUCCUGAACAUGUUACCAAGUGGUUUCAGCCACUCAAGGAGCAGAAGUAUACUGGGAUGUUUGCAAUGACUGAGAAGGGCCAUGGGAGCAAUGUGAGAGGGAUCCAGACUGAGGCCACCUUUGACCGUGACAAUCAGGAGUUUGUGAUUGACAUGCCAUGUGAGAACGCCCAGAAGAUGUUCAUCGGCAAUGCCAUAUAUGGGAACUACGCUGCUGUCUUCGCCCAACUCAUCAUUGAGGGGAAGUCUCAAGGGCCCCACUGUUUUAUUGUUCCUAUCAGGGAUGAAAAUGGAAACUUGUACCCAGGAGUGACAGUUAUUGACAUGAUGCACAAAGAAGGUUUGAACGGUGUGGAUAAUGGAAUUUUGAUAUUUGACAAGGUUCGGAUUCCAAGAGAGAACCUGCUGGAUAAAUUUGGUUCCGUGGCUCCAGAUGGACAGUACCAUUCACCUAUUCAAAGCAAGAGCGCAAGGUUCAGUGCAAUGCUGGCAAUGCUGACCCCUUCAAGACUAGCAGUGACUUUCCAAGCAAUGGGUGCCAUGAAGCUUGGACUGAUGAUAGCCAUCCGCUAUAGCCACAGCCGAAGGCAAUUUGGUCCCAAGGGCAAAGAAGAGGUGAAGAUCAUCGAGCACCAAAUGCAGGCAUUCAGGCUGAUGUCUCACCUGGCCACAGCUCUGGCCCUGACCUUCACCAGCAGGCAUGCAUCCUACAUCCUGGAUGAAGACAUCUUCCAGGGAAGGGAGUCCAUCAACAGACGCUCACUACAGGCACUGAUGGCUGGAUUGAAAGCCUACAGUACGUGGGAGGCUGUCAGCUGCCUACAGGACUGUCGUGAAUGCACCGGAGGCAUGGGUUACAUGAUGGAAAACCGAAUCUCAGGCCUGAAAUGUGACAUAGAUGUGUUUGUAACCUUUGAAGGUGACAAUAUGGUCAUGCUUCAGGUUGUGGCCCGGGAACUGCUGGCCCAGUACAGCAAGCAAUAUAAGAAAAACCGGCUCUUGGGUAUGAUCCAGAACUGGACCGCAACUGCAGGGGACAAGCUGAGAACCAGUUUCCUGGUGUUUAACACUGACAAGGUAGGAUGUCUAGCCUUUCUGCUGAAAGCAGUGAAUUUUCGAGAAAGGGUUCUUCAGCGGAGCUUGGUGUCCAGAAUUUACUAUAAGGUGGUGACGGAGAAGGGGGACUUCUUCAGUGCCUGGAACUCCUGUAUGCACCAUGUGAUCUCAUUGUCUCUGGCACACAUUCAAAGUGUUGCACUAGAGCAGUUCACAAUGGCAGUGAGGCGCUGUCCCAACAGGGAGGACCAGGCUUUGCUAAUGAAGUUUUGUCUGUUGUAUGGAACGAAGCUGGUGUUCCAGGAGCGGGGCUGGUACUUAGAACAUAAAUACCUGACUCCAGAGGCCAGCAUGCAGAUCAGGGCUCAGUUGCUGAAUUUGUGUGAGUCUGUGAAGGAUGACGCCCUGAAGGUGAUCUCUGCCUUCAACAUCCCACACACCAUCGGUGCACCAAUAGCAGGAAUCUCCAACCCCGGGGCUGCAGAGGCCUUCUACCCCGCGCCCACGAAGCCGCUCAUGAGGGAUGGGGCGUGUUCUCGACUGGCCAAGCUAUGAGCCUGCCGAGAAAUGUAGUGUCCCAACUUCCAAGAUUUUGACUAGAGCUGGAGCAGAGGUCAAAGUGGCAGGUGCAGGGCAGCCACCUUGGGGAUUUUGGUCAGGCAGAGGAGGUCGGGCUAGGCUGGCAAGGAGCAGGACGAGUUGUCCGGAAGAGGGAGCCCUAGUUGGAUGCCCCAGUGACUUAUCCGGGUCUCGUAACCUCUCCUGGCCCUUGGCUUGACUUUCCCCCCCCCCC